AUGAGCUUGAAAGAAGUAUUCGAACAACAUCCAUGGAGGUCAUUUAAGAAGUUCAAUGAAGCUGCAAAGAGUUGGGGAUUUACUAACAGAGCUGAAGUUAAAAAGUUCUUUGACAAAAAUGUUGUACAUCAAACAAAAAUAAACCCUUACGACUACUUUUUACCAAUUUACUCCAACACUCCUGACGCAUACCAAUUUGACACUCUCAUUCAAAGCAGAAAAGGAGGACAUAAACCAUUCCUCAUCUUCAUUAAUGUUAACACUCGCAAAGCUUUUGCGUAUAUAAUGAGAAAUAAAGGAACUCGUGAAGUGUUAAGAGUUUUACAAAAGUUUGUAGCAGAACAUAACCCAAGUACUUUAACAUCAGACCAAGACAGUGCAUACCUCAGCAACGAAAUCACAGAAUUUCUCAUUAAGCAUAACAUAACUCACUACACUACUGAAGACCAUAACCAUAAUAUUUUAGGUAUCAUUAAUCGCUUCAUAAGAACGCUCAGAGAUUUAAAUCAAGAGCGAGACUUUACCGAAGAAACAAUGAAACAUUUUCUCGAAGUAUAUAAUUCCUCAACAAAUUCUACAACAGGACAUACACCAAAUUCAAUGACACAACAACAAGAAGAAAA